AUGGCUAAUAUACAUGAUAAAUUGAGGCGUCAGAUUUCACCAGUGCCACCUCCUAUCGAUGAUGUUGCUGAUCCAGUCCCACCUCCUAGUGACGAUGUUACUGAUCUAAUGCCACCUCCGGGGGGUGAGACUACUGUGGAGUGUGAUCCGCAGAAGUUUCUUAACCACGGGAGAAAGAUUGUUGCAUUACCUAAGACGAAUGAGGAAUGGUUUCAGUCGGAGUUAUCCUUAUCUGGCCUAAAGGACUUAUGCAUGAUCGGUUAUACUACGGUCAACCACAAUAUGCUUAAGGCGUUCAUGGAUAGAUGGAACUCGUGGACCUCGUCGUUUGAUCUCCUGCAUGGUGAAAUGUCUAUCACACUCGAUGGUGUCUUAUGUUUGCUACAUCUUCUGAUUAAGGGGAGAUUCCUACAUCAUGAGAGGAUGACCAAAGACGAGGCACUCAAGAUGAUGGUAGAGUAUCUAGGGUCUAAUCCAAGGGAGGCGAUGAAUGAGUUGGAUAAGAUCAGGGGUGCUCAGGCUAGAUUUGUAUACCUAAAGAAGGUAUACAAGGAUGCUCUCUUGAGUGCACAACAAACUGAUGAUGAUGAUGAGCAAGUGGCACUCCAUAUAUCACAUGCAUCAAGAGCAUAA